GCCUCUGCUUCCUUGUCAGCGAGUCUGCCUCCUUAAUUGUCGAAAGGGUGCACAUAUCCAAUCUUGUGCCGUGCAGCAGAACCUUCUCUCGUCUCUGAGUGUGUUGUGUCCUAGCUCACCAGAAUCUCUCUCUCUCUCUCUCUCUCUCUCUCUCUCUCUCUCUCUCUCUCGUUCGUUUUCUGAAGUCUACGCAGUGCUCAGCCAGCACCAACGCACGUAGUGGAUAAAAGUAGAGGUCCUGCCUUGCCUUCGCUCUUUCUCUCUCUGGCGUGCUCAGCCAGCACCACCACACGGAGUGUAUAAAAGUAGAGGUCCUGCCUUGCCUUCACUCUUUCUCUCUCUGGCGUUCGUUUUCUGCAAGUCUACGCAGUGCUCAGCCAGCACCACCACACGUAGUGUAUAAAACUUGAGUUCCAACACCACCACACGUAGUGUAUAAAACUUGAGUUCCAACAAAAAAUAAAAACUAAGUUGAGCUCCUGAAUUGUCUUGUGCACCGGACUAGAACCGUCGGCCCCGUGCGUCUGCCCGAGAGUCAGAGACGCAGCGCACACAGACAAACACGGAGAAUCACGCACAGAAACACACGCACACAGAUAUGGCGGCGAUGGAGGUUGAGAGAGUUCGCUGUGCUACGACAGGUUAUGCAGGAGAGGAGGAGGCUCUUCCUCUUCCGAGGGAGCUGUCCGUUGAAGAUUUGCAAAAGGACGUGCUGUUAAGUUUGCUGCCGGAGAACGGAUCAUCGCCGAAAAUUCUCGAUCUCUUGACCGCGGCAGACAAGAGGGAAGAGAAUGGAGUAGCGGGGGGAUGGAGGCGGAAAGGGGAAGGGGAAGGGGAAGGGGGGAAAGGGCAAGGGGAAGCGGAAGUGUGUGAUGGGGCGAAGCCGCAGUCGAUAGCGGGCGCGAGGACGGACAACAACAGUCGGCGAUCCAUGCGGUGCAGGUCGCUGCCAAUCACAGAGCCAGAGGCAGAAGACGAAUACACAGGCGAGAAAGAGGCGUACAUGGCGGCCGUGCUGGCAAGGUUCAGGCACACUCUCGAGGAGCGCACCAGGAAUCAUUUGGGUUAUCCUUACAACCUAGAAUUUGAGUACGGAGCGCUGACUCAGCUGCAGUGUUUCUCGAUAAAUAAUCUGGGUGACCCUUUCAUUGAGAGCAACUAUGGUGUGCACUCACGUCAGUUUGAGGUUGGUGUACUCGACUGGUUCGCACGACUGUGGGAGUUGGAAAAGGAUGAAUACUGGGGCUACAUCACCAACUGUGGUACAGAAGGCAAUCUGCAUGGUAUUCUCGUUGGUCUUAGCUUGCAGCAAGGACUAGCAGGUACAACUGUGAAAGGCGCAGUGGAUGACCUGGACUGUGUCAUAGCUACCCUGGAGCGAUGCGGUUAUCCGCGUGAUCGCUUUUACAUCCACUGUGAUGGAGCUCUUUUUGGCCUCAUGAUACCCUUUGUCAAGAAGGCUGCAAAGGUAACCUUCAAAAAGCCAAUCGACAGCGUGAGUGUCUCUGGGCACAAAUUUGUGGGUUGCCCAAUGCCAUGCGGCAUCCAGAUGACAAGAAUGUGCCACAUCGAACGGCUCUCGCGCAAUGUAGAGUACCUGGCCUCAAGGGAUGCUACCAUUAUGGGCAGUCGAAACGGGCAUGCUCCAAUUUAUCUGUGGUAUACGCUCAAUCGCAAAGGAUACCAAGGCUUCAAGAAAGAGGUGGCGGAUUGCUUGAAGAAUGCACAGUUCCUUUACCUUCGGCUUCGAGAAGCGAAGUUCGGAGCCAUGCUGAACUCGUUGAGCAGCACUGUUGUCUUCGAGAGACCACAAGAAGAAGCAUUUGUUCGCAAGUGGCAGCUUGCUUGUCAGGGCAAAAUUGCUCAUGUUGUUGUCAUGCCAAGCGUCAAAGUGAACAAGCUAGAGGCAUUCGUCAGAGAGCUGUUGGCAAGCAGAAAGAAGUUCUUCCCCGACGGCGUGGUUGUUCCACCAUGCAUUGCAGAUGAGCUGGGUGCGGAUAACUGUGAAUGUCCUGACUGUCAUGUUGCUUGAGAGGGCUGAAACACGGCCAGCCAGGACAGCCAGGAAGCCUGCUGUUGAAGAAAGCCACAGCAACAGUGGCCUGUGUUACGCCUUUUUCUCGUGUGCCACUGAUGCGACUAAGAACGACGAAUCCGACAGCGUCCAGCGAUUGACAACGAACCAGGUUCUGAAUCCGAUGGUGCCCAGCGAGUCAGCGACCGACGAGCAAACAGUGUGUAUGGUUCACCUCAGGAGCUUUAUCUGUGAAACCUGGGAGUUAAUGAUCUGAGCAGCCUCAGUGAAGCCAGCAGGCUGCCAGAUGGUGGGCGUCAGAGCCUCGUCUGACAGCCUGCACAGUGGUAAUCGCAGGGGUCCAGAGACAAAGCCGCACUCUUCAACUUUUCUCAUCAAGGCAAUGGGAAGUUUUCUGUGACAAUAAUCAGAGCGUUCCAGCCUCCUGAUGAGUAGGUAGGUGAAUCUCCAAGGAAACCGUGUCAGAGCCCCUCGUCCGUUGUCGUCCUCUGCCUCUCUCCCUGCGGUUCAUCAGCCAUUUCUCCAUGACGACAAUACAUUUCUGUUUGACGAUAUAUAUAUUAAUAUAUACGAUAUAUAUAAUAUUAUAUAUAUAUAUAUAUAGAAUAUAUAUCGCCAAACCGAGUAUAUACAUUUUCUUCCACAGCACAAAUGAGCAGAUGCCAUUGGCAUGAUCCGAAGUUACCCUUGGUAAUCCUAGUUAUGUUUUUACCAUGGAUAUGUUUUUACUGUGGAUAUGUUUUUACCGUGGGGAUUCUUAGUUAUAAUUUUUUUACCAUCGGGAUUCUUCGGUAUGUUUUUCACCAUAUUGGUAUUGUAACUUGGUUAGUUAUGUUAGCGACGAACGUGUCAGCUGCACGUCGGGUGUAGUAGAGAGCAAGGGUACAACAUUUUACUUGCUUCAAGCAGAGGAUGCUUGUGGCCGCAUGCACGCUAUAGAUUGCCACAUGUGAAUUGCAAAUUCCGAAUGGAUAUGGCUGCCGCCAUCAUGGGUCUCUGGAGUGGAAUGGCUAUGGAUGGGGCUGUGCACUCAAGUGUGGCGCAAGUUUUGCAGUCCAGAACAGGGAAGGAGAACACAUUUUUGCAGUCAGUCAGAGAACUCUUGAGAAUUUAUGUACUACCUACUGGUAGUCUCUACUCUACCCAGUUCAAACCAGUUAGGAACUUUUGAACGAUAUCCCGCUCUGCACCUUCAAAGAAUUUAAAUUUUCUCUCAGUUGCGAUUUCAUAGUUGCAAUUCUCUCAACAGACUAAGUGCCGAAACGGAAAACGUUCAAAUGCAUGUUCCCACAGAAGAAAGUGGCAAGAUGCAUCUGUUCCUAUGAAUAGCAACAGAUGCAUCUGGCCACUUUUGGGGAAGAUGCACUAGUGCUUUUUUCAUUUCGACAGUGGUGUGGCGAGGCCCUAAGUGCCCGCCGCCGUAGCACCCCUUGUGCUUUUGAGUAGUUCGGCCCGUCGUCAGUCAGCAGUAGUCCGUCUGUCAGUCAGUCAGUCAUCAGUUGUGAGUAAAUUAUACCAAGAGUA